CCAUGUCUCCCACGUCUGCACACACUCCUCACUAAAGUUGUCCAUGAUGUGCCAUUAUUAUCGUCAGGAAUGAACCAGCAGGUGAAGCAACUGCAGGCUGAAGUUCAAGAGCACAAGACCCAGCUCAGCUCAGCAUCUGAGGCCUUGAAGCAGCUGGCUGGCCUCGAGGCUCUCAGCAAGAGUGUGACUGCACUCAAAUGGACCGUAGAAGGCAUCAUGAAUAACUCCAUGAUAGAUGAUGCCUGCCCACCACGUUGGGAAUUGUUUGGUUCCAGUUGUUACUUCUUUAGUAGACUUCCCCUGACCUGGAACCAAUCGAGAGACUGGUGUCAACAACAAGCGAGUCACCUGGUGAUCAUCCAAACCGAUCAGGAGUGGGACUUUGUGACAAGCAACACUGUUCCUCAGUUCUACUGGAUUGGACUCAGUGAUGGCAGGACUGGACAGUGGGAGUGGGUGGACCAGACUCCAUACACCGUACAGAGACGACGGUGGGUUCCUGGACAGCCUGACAACUGGGACGGUGGCCACCCUAACAAGGGCACAGAGGACUGUGCUCACCUGCACAACACCGGGCGCCUCAACGACAUGCACUGCUACAUCAUGAUGAAAUUUGUGUGUGAGAGGAAAAGCCGUAAAUUGUGAACAACAUGCUGUACAUCAGGAUUGUGUGUAUACAUUGGAUUCAGAACAGACCUUUCAUGUCUAUCUUGUGUGAGGUCAUUGUGACAUUGUGAGUUCAAACAUUUUCAGUCUCCAUGCUGUCCACGAGUCACAGAAGUGAAUUAAGAACCAUUGAUUUUAUUUUCUAGGUUUCCUUCUCAGCUUUCUUUAUUAUUGUAGAUGUGCAAGAUGAUAAAACCAUUUUUACCACUAAGUACAAAGGAAAACACCUGAGUAAGAUCUCGUCAAUUGUCUGUGUGAAAAGUUGAAAUUCUCUAUGGACCUCUAUGGCCUGCAUUGUCGAUCUUUGCUGGAAGUAUUUAAGUGUUCAUUGAAAUCAAGAUUUGACUUCUAUUCACAUCCUCUUGCAAUGUAAACAGAAAAGCAAAAUAAAAAUUAUGUUUGCACUGUUA